UUCUUGUCAAAUCCGUAAAUUAGCGUUAGUGGCCAUCAUAUCACAAAAUGUAUCAUUUUGUUUAUGUUGUGUUGUAAAGUAGAAAUUUGUUAUUGUUUUGCCAUCGGAAUCAAAGAUGGGUGGAACUUUUGCCAGCCGACGAAAUACUGGCGUAGAAACGGUAGACCUUUCUUCCAAUAAUGCCUACAGAUAUCCCCCUAAGUCGGGGAGUUAUUUUGGAAGUCACUUUAUUAUGGGUGGAGAAAGAUUUGAUUCUCCACAACCAGGAGAAUAUCUAUUUGGUGAUUGUGAUGAUCUGAACUUUUUAGGAAAUAAACCAGUACCUUUUCCGUAUCCUGUUCCUGCUGGUAAUGAACCAAUUAAAACUCUUAAAAGUCUAGUGAAUAUCAGAAAAGAUUCAUUGAAGCUUGUUAAGUAUGACCCAUCUGGUAAAUUAUUACAAGAUAAAGAUGAUGUGUCACAGUUAUAUAAUCUAGAGUUUACAUAUGAUGCUGAUGCCAGAUGCUCUAUUAGAAUAGUGUAUUUUGCUACUGAGGAAAUUGUCAAUGGACAAGUUGUUUAUCAUCCUAAAGAUCCCAAUAUGACCUCUGAUGUAUUUCAUUGUAAACGUGGAACUGGCUUGGUAUUUAGUCAACCAGCACAUAUUGUAAAACCAAGUAGAUUCACAGAUGAAGAGUGGUUGUAUAACUCUGAUAAAGAAAUUAUACCAGUAGUCAUACAAUGUAUAGUAGAGGAAGAAGAGAAUGCUGGUCAUGCCCAUAUUACUUACGCUGUGAUGGAUAAAAAUUCGGAAGGAGGAUACACUAUUAAACCUCUAAAACAAAAACAGUUUGUUGAUGGUCUGUGCUACUUACUUCAAGAAAUUUAUGGUAUUGAAAACAAAAAUGUUGAAAGAUCUAAGGAAGAUCCUGAUGAUGAGUUAGAAGAUAGUGGUGCUGAAUGUGUUAUAUGUAUGUCUGAUAUGAGAGAUACACUGAUAUUACCCUGUAGACAUCUCUGUCUAUGUAGUGGGUGUGCUGAAUCUCUAAGAUACCAGGCUAGCAUGUGUCCUAUAUGCCGUGUUAAAUUUAGAGCCUUGUUACAGAUUCGCGCCAUGAGAAAGAAAGGAACAGGGAUUGGUGAUAAUGAAGAGAAUACCUGUAAUCAGGAAGGUGUACCACCCGGUUAUGAAGCUGUAUCUUUAAUAGAAGCAUUAAAUGGUCAGAUAUUGCCACAACCAGGAUUAACUGAUGGUAUACCAACCACCAUACCACCAUGUAAUACAAUAUUUACCUCAGAUGGUAAGAAAGGACAGAAAAAAUCAGAAGUAUUAGCCACAACGCCUAUAGAAUAUCAGAAAGAGAUGACAGCAGAUCAACUUGGUGAUACGAAACUGGAUAAAGAUAAGUCAUCGUCAGGGGAGGGGGAGGAUGAGAGAAGGGGGAUACCUGAAGUAAACAUGAGUGACGAUCUUCCAUCACCUGACAAAUCAGGGGACUCUUUACCAAGACGACCAGCAUUACCUAAAUAUAAAUAUCCGGUGAAUGAUAAAGGUGAAUGUGUAGAAAGUGAACCAGAAGAAGAUUAUCCUACAGAUGAAACUGAAGAAGAUCAGAUUUCAGUUAGAGAGAGAUCAACCAGUCCUGAUCCACCUAAAAGACCUCAAUCAGUCAGUGAUAGAGAAGAAGUUAUAAAACUAUAUAAGAUGGCUGAAUCAGAAGUUGUAACAACUACACCAUUAUCUUGUGGUUUAUCAACUGGUAAUAUAGCUGAUGAUGAAGAAGAAGAUACAUCUGAAGCUGAACCUGAACCGGAUUAUGAUGAUGAAAGAGAUGAAUCAUAUGAAGAAGAGAAGACUGAUAAAGUAUUAGCAGAAGACAGUAACUAUCAACCAUUAUCAUUAGCAGAUACUGAAACAGCAGGAAGCAGUACCGAGGCCUCUAGUUAUGGUAGUAAUAGUUCUACUGUAGCUUUACUUGCACACACUGAAAACCCAGAAGAAGACAAAUCAUUGAAUAAAUUACAAGAUGUAUAAUGCUAUGAUAUUUAUUGACAAAGUGAAGUUUUCAGAGCUAUUGUUAACUUUUCAUUGAAGUAUUUAGAAUUAAAAAAAAAACAACAAAAAAGAAAUUGAAUCAUCAAAAUUAAUAGAAAAAUAUUUUAAAUAUGUAAUUUAUUCAGUUGCUUGCAGAAAGUCUUGACAGGGCGAUUGUGCUGGGUAUCCAUUUCAGGGGGGCAUCCAAUGAAAGCGUGAAAUUAAAAUUAAGUUUUUUUGAAUUUGAAAUUAUCUCUGUUUACUUUUUUUUAACUUCCUACUUAAUUUGAAUAAAAAAUUUAUUUCAUCUGUCUUCACAUAUGUGAAAUAUCUUCAGUUUUCACAUUUUUGAGUACUAGGCACUAUACUCGAGUCUUGGGGGCGUACAAUCAAACUAUGUCACGUCACUGAAUUAGUUUGUUCAUGUAUCAUAUUAAUAAGUCAUUAUUCUAUAUGCCUUAAACAAUCAAGUGUCAAUACAUAUGCCUGGUAUAAAUGGAUCUGAGCCUGUAUGUUUAAAUUUAACAUCUAGUUUGAUUCAUAAUGAACAUUGACUUUUAUAUUAUUCUUAUUCUUCACUAUUGUAUACAUGUGACACUGGUUAUUUACAUCUAUAUACAAGCUUUUUCUAUAAAUAGAACCAGGAUGUCCUUUUUAUACAUGUACUUAUCUUUGAUGUAAGCUUUAGCAAUGUCAAAUACUAGACUGCUUAUAUAAAUUUAAAAAUUAUAAAAUAGUGCAAUAUUUUGUAAUGAGUAUAUUAAAUAAUUUAGAUUUUCUUAUAUACAUGUACAUUUACCUUUUGAGCUGAAAUAGUGAAUGACAAAUAUUAUAAUUAAUCAAAAUAUCAGAAUUUAUUUAUCUUUAUAGCUUUAUCUGUAUACACUAUAAAAUAGAUAAUAUGCCUGUAAACUAUUGUUCAUGUUGUGAUUAUGGCUCUGCAGGACCACUGUUGCUUAAUAUUUUGAUAAUAAAAGCUAUUUAAAUAGCCAAAAGGGAAUAUUUCAUUUAUGAAUAAUUAUUAUAAGCCCCACUAAUAUUUCAUUUUUUUAGUAUAAUAUAUGAUUUUUUGUGUACACCAUGUUGACAAAGUGGUAUAGACACAUGAAUUUAUGAUACCCUAUCAUAAAUAAUAAAACAUGAAAUAUGAAUUUAUUAUGAAAAGUUUUUGUGUAUUAUCAUAAAUAACUGACAGUGAAAAUUUUGAAGUGGAAGCCCUGGCUUAAAUCAUGUGAUUAUAAUAGCUUCUCAUGUUAAUAAUUAAAGAUAUUAUGUUCCCCACAAAGUUAAUUCAGACCAUCUAGUUCACCCUGGAAACGUAUUGUCCCCCGUUUUUAAGCAGAGACUAUUAAAAUCUGCGACUCUUUUUGGAACACAGUAACUCCAAUUGAUAAUAUUGAAGAAGACUGAUCUAGAUAUAUAAAAGUGUAGACAGAAAGUGAGGAUGUUCAUAUUGAGGCAAGUGGGGUGGUUACAAUUCCCAGCUUGUAUGUGACAAGGAGUAAGGGUAUUGUGUCCAACUUCAUGAGUUUUCUCCUGGCCCUACAGUCUACAGUUUCCUCCCACUUCUAAAGCUACUACAUGCAAGAAUAUUAUUGAAAUAAAAUCUAACCAUAUGACCUAGUUGUGUUGAGUGGAUGUCAAACCCUAAUUCUCUAUCACUAUCUCUGUUUGAAUAUAUUUUCCAAUCAAUGUUUAUGUCUUCAGGGCCGACUAUUGAGGAAAUGUAUCUUUAAGCUUCACUAAAUUUACAAAUUAUUUUUUAUUCAUCAAUCUGUCUUAAAAAAUUCUCAUGCAGAUAUGAAUACCUGAAUAAUCAAUGCACUGUUUAACAGACAUUAUUAACUAUUGUAAAGUUUAUUGUUUGUGUAUAUAUUUGUAUUUAUUUUGUACAUAAUGUGGUUGUAAUAAAUAAUGUGAUUGUCUAUAAUAAUAUAUGUAUAGUUAUAAAAAAUUAUUGGUUUCUUAAUUUU